CGACGCGAGCUUGCUUGUAAACAGUGGUUGAUGUAUAUGCGAUCGUUUAUCGUCUAGACUUUGACCUCACUCGGACUUCAGCUGAAAGGAAGUGUAGCGGACGACUCUCGCUCAUCAACGUGCUCUGUAUACGUGCACGUUUAUUCUAGCUUGUAAUGCCACACAGCUCUGUGUUACGGUGACGGCCGGUCUGCCAGUUGAUGAAUCCGCGAUAUUAUGAAAAGAAUUAUUGGAGUGUUGUACAUCGUCUUGAAAAUAACUGAGACCGUGAUUAGUUUCGCCUAGUUAAUGCUUUGGUUUCUGAAAUAAGCCUAUAGCUUCUAUUGGAAACUUGCAAACCGUACUUUCAAUCUAUUAUAUCAGCCAAUUUUGGCAGAGAAAAAACGGGAUGUUCCGCAGACUUAUCCAUUUCUGUUGGAGGCAGAAUGCUGGCGGAGCAAGAAUGAGUAUGAUAAACUGGAACAUCAGAAGGACCCGGCCCCUCUCGGAGGCCCUUAUAAAAACAGGACGCAGUUUGUCGUCAGACGUUGACUAUCUCCUUCCACAAACUACGACAAUGUUGAAGUUUGUUGUGAUCGCUCUGCUGGGCUCCUUGGCCCUGGCCUCUGCGAUCCCGGAACAGUAUGACGGAGGACUGUACAUUCCCACCCGUCGUCCCCACCGCUGCGGCGAAAAUGAAAUCUACAAAUCGUGCACGAGCAGUUCCUGCGCCGAAGCGACCUGCGAACGGCCACGAGUCGGACCAGCCUGUACCAUGGACUGCGUAUACGGAUGCUUCUGCCAACGCGGUUUCUUCCGUGACGAGGAGAAGAACUGCGUCACGAGGCGAGAGUGUCCGGAAGAUUCGCCCGCGUACACAUAUAAAGCGAACGACUAUGACUUCCAGUAAAAGAGCCAUAAAGUGAAAGGUUACAGCAACUGCAAUAAAGAUCUUCAUAAAUUUCAACGAGAA